AUGGGCGAAGAGAAACUGGAGCCCGCAGCCAUGGAAGGCCUGUCUCGCCAACAAAGCGCAAAGGUUGGCGAGGUGCAGGAUCCGGCAAACCAACCAGGCCAUGACCUACACAAACGUCUUGAGACUCGUCAUGUUACCAUGAUUGCCUUGGGCGGCGCGCUUGGAACAGGUUUACUUAUUGGAACUGGCUCUGCUCUCGUCAAGGCAGGCCCUGCUGGAAUACUCAUAGACUAUUCCAUCGUCGGUUGCAUAGUAUUCCUCGUCAUGGCGGCGCUCGGCGAGAUCAUCUCUUAUAUGCCGCUAUCCCAUGGUUUCGGUGGUUAUGCAACCCGCUUCGUCGACCCUGCGCUGGGCUUCGCCACCGGUUACUCCUACUUCUUCAAGUACCUCCUCGCAACUCCGAACCAACUCUCCGCAUUCGCUCUCAUCAUGAAGUUCUGGGUUGGCGACCGCGUUAGCCCGGCCGUCUUCAUUACCAUCGCCCUCGUCCUCAUCCUCGCUAUCAACAGUAUCAGCGUUAAGGCUUUCGGCGAGUUCGAAUUUUGGUUGUCUUCCUUGAAGGUGCUGAUAAUGGUUGGUGUCAUUCUCCUGCUCUUCGUUCUUACAGUUGGUGGCGGCCCGACCGGUGAUCGCCCUGGGUUCAGGUACUGGUCCAAUCCGGGAGCAUUUGCGGAAUACAAGGUCGAUGGUGACAAGGGCCGGUUGCUUGGUGUAUGGAGCGCGAUGGUCGCAGCUGUGUACGCCUUCUCUGGUACCGAGCUCGUGGGUGUCACCGUUGGCGAGGCCAAGAAUCCGCGACUGAGCAUGCCGAAAGCCAUUCGCCUUACCUUCCUCCGCAUCGUCUUCUUCUAUGUGAUCUCGGUCUUUUUGCUGGGACUCGUUGUUCCCUAUAAUAGCCAGGACCUUGCUUUUGCUGCGGGUGCGAAGACUAGUGCCGCUGCGUCUCCGUUUGUCGUGGCCAUCAAGAUCGCAAAGAUCAAAGGCCUUGACCAUGUCAUUAAUGGCUGCUUGGUGGUCUUUGUCUUCUCAGCUGCCAACUCCGACAUCUACAUCUCGUCUCGGACGCUGUAUGGCAUUGCAAUCGAUGGGAAGGCACCUCGAAUAUUCACUCGCACGACGAAGGCUGGAGUUCCUUUCGUAUCUCUGGCUCUUUGCGGCGCGUUCUGUGGCUUUGCAUACAUGUCUGUCAGCUCCAGCGCUGCGACGGUGUUCAACAACCUUACCAGCAUCGUCACGGUAUUUGGGCUUCUCACCUGGAUUUCUACCCUAAUCUCCCAUAUCUUCUUCUGUCGGGCCCGCGAGGCCCAACAAAUCGACCCCGCCUACAUCCCAUACCGUGCCCCUUUCGGUACGUGGGGGUCGUACAUCGCUCUCGGCUUUUUGAUCGUCCUCACCCUCACGAAAGGCAUCGAGGUAUUUGUUGGCACAUUCGAUUAUAAGAGUUUCAUCGUGCAGUACAUUGGUAUCCCCGUCUAUCUUAUUUGCAUCUUCGGCUACAAGAUUGUCAAAAAGUCGCACCGUGUUCAAGCCGAAGCUGCGGAUCUGGUAACUGGGGUACCGGAAGAAACAGUCGCAGAAGAAAGGGCAGCAGUUGAGGCAGUGAGGAAAGAGAAGGAGGCGACGUCGGGGAAGAGGGGCGUUUUUGCCAAGAUCUACCGCAAAGCCUUUGCCUGGUUGUUUUGA